GGCUGCCUCCUCUGAGGGUUAUGGAGCAAGCCGGCAGGUCAACAAACUUGCUUGCCUGACUUUGAGCCUACUGGUCCUUUCUCUCCGCCGACCUUACAAUAGCUGUACCACUUUGCAUUUCCACCAGCAAUGAAUGAGAGUUCCUGUUGCUCUGCAUCCUCAUCAGCAUUUGGUGUGGUCAGUAUUUUGGAUUUUCACCAAUUCUAAUUGAGAUUCACGGAUCCAUCCGGGUGGUCCAGGCACCACUGGCGCCCCUCUGCGGCGAUUCCCCCGUUCCAUUUUCUGAAGCCACAGGUCAGAAGCCGCUGUAGAACGCUUUGCCAGACUCCGGGAUCUUGAAGAGAACGUAAGGCGCAGCUACCUGCCGCGCAGGCGCAAGCCUUUCUUUCCGCACAAAGACCGUGGGAGGAGGGGUCGGCGCAAGCGCUCGGUGUCUCUCUGAAAAGAACAUCAUCCUGCCGCCCGCUUACGGAGCGCAACGCAACGCAUGCGCCUUGAAGACUUACGGAACUUAUUUCAUGCUCGGGGCGGCGGUGACGUGUGAACGAGAAGGAGGUGGUCAAGGAACGGAAGCCGGGAGGGAACUAGGGCGGAAGGGGACCAGGGCCGGGCUUGUGUUCGGUGCCUUGCCGGGGCUGGGGGGUUCCGAUGUGGUCCCCGGAGCGGGAGGCCGAGGCCCCGGCCGGGGGAGACCCGGCGGGCCUACUGCCCCCCGAGUGGGAGGAGGACGAGGAGCGCAUGUCCUUCCUGUUCUCCGCUUUCAAGAGGAGUCGCGAGGUGAACAGCACCGACUGGGACAGCAAGAUGGGCUUCUGGGCGCCGUUGGUGCUGAGCCACAGCCGCCGCCAGGGGGUGGUGCGCCUGCGUCUGCGGGACUUGCAGGAGGCCUUUCAGCGCAAGGGGAGCGUCCCGCUGGGGCUGGCCACGGUGCUGCAGGACCUGCUGCGUCGAGGGGAGCUGCAGCGGGAGUCAGACUUCAUGGCCAGUGUAGACAGCAGCUGGAUCUCCUGGGGGGUCGGGGUCUUCCUGCUGAAGCCUCUCAAGUGGACUCUUUCUAACAUGCUGGGAGAUAAUAAGGUUCCAGCCGAGGAGGUCCUUGUCGCUGUGGAGCUGUUGAAGGAAAAGGCUGAGGAGGUGUAUCGUCUGUAUCAGAACUCGCCCCUCUCCUCCCACCCCGUGGUGGCCCUGUCAGAGCUCAGCACCCUCUGCGCUAACUCCUGCCCAGACGAGAGGACCUUCUACUUGGUGUUGCUGCAGCUGCAGAAGGAGAAGAGGGUCACAGUCCUCGAGCAGAACGGGGAGAAGAUUGUGAAGUUUGCCCGAGGGCCACAUGCCAAGGUCUCUCCAGUCAAUGACGUAGACGUUGGGGUGUACCAGCUGAUGCAGAGUGAACAGCUUCUCUCGCGCAAAGUGGAGUCCUUAUCCCAGGAAGCAGAGAGGUGUAAAGAAGAAGCCCGCCGGGCAUGCCGAGCAGGAAAGAAGCAGCUGGCACUGAGGUCUCUCAAGGCCAAGCAACGGACAGAGAAGCGCAUCGAGGCCUUGCAUGCCAAGCUGGACACUGUUCAAGGCAUCCUGGACCGGAUCUAUGCCUCCCAGACAGAUCAAAUGGUUUUUAAUGCCUACCAGGCUGGGGUGGGAGCACUCAAACUCUCCAUGAAGGAUGUCACAGUGGAGAAGGCAGAGAGCCUUGUGGAUCAGAUCCAAGAGCUCUGUGACACCCAGGAUGAAGUUUCUCAGACUCUGGCUGGUGGGGUAACCAAUGGCUUAGAUUUUGACAGUGAAGAACUGGAGAAGGAAUUGGACAUCCUCCUUCAGGAUACCACCAAAGAACCUUUGGAUCUGCCUGACAACCCCCGCAAUAGGCAUUUUACCAACAGUGUGCCUAACCCUAGGAUCUCAGAUGCUGAACUUGAAGCUGAACUUGAGAAACUGUCCUUUUCAGAGGGAGGUUUGGUCCCAAGCAGUAAAUCUCCGAAAAGGCAAUUGGAACCGACUCUAAAGCCAUUGUAGGACCCUCAAGUGAAGGACCCUCAUGUAAAAGAGAGACCAGGCUUGCUGGGUGUGUACAUAGUUAUUUAAACAAGAAACUCUCAGAAUGUGUUUGGAAGAGGAGGAAGGAGAACUACUGAUUUAUCUGGAUGCUACUACUUACUACAGGACAGAUAGAAUUUCUGGAAGCGAUGCUCCAAAGGCUUGCUCCCAGCUGUAUUAUGGACCUGCCUUCUCAUCUUUAUAGUGCCACAAUUUAUACAGUCCUGUGUCUGACCUGUCAUUUCAUAGCCUGCAGUUCUUGCCAUUGGCACACUUAGUUUGUCUUCACCCACCAGCUUUGUUCCAGCCUAUGAAGGGGAAAGAUUUGCAGUUUUGCCAAAUCUGAAUCAGUUCCCACUUCCCCCUGUGGUUUUUUAGAGGGGUUUAUCCUCUCGCUAAUGUCAGUUAAAUAACUUACUCUGCCCCAGUUGAUUUCACUGGUAAGAGAAGAAUGAGAAUGAAACACUUCAAGGUUUUAUUUGAGGGGACUUAGCUGCCAUUUUAUGGAGAAACAUGUAGUGUAAAAGGUUUUUCUCUAGGGUCAUUUGUCAGAAUUCUCCAGGUGUUCAGAGAAAGAGGUCGCCCCAAGUGGCCCAGAGUCAUGACAGUCCGGAGGGGCUGGUGUGGCCGGUGGGCGCUGCCUCUUCAUCCGAUGCAGCAGGAGGUCCGUUGGUGGGGGAAAGCUUCUUCCGAGGCCUCUGCACUCGCCUGGGAAGAGGCCCAGUCACUACAGGACCCCGAGAUGUCCAGACCCCUUAUACUUUUUUAAAGAGGCGAAACUGUGGCCUUGGCCCCAUCAUGGGAUAACUUAAAAAUACAUACCUAUCUUCCAGAACAAGCCACACAACAACACACCUCCCCUCCUUGAGCCUGGCGCACAGCACCGGGCUCUGUGAAUUUGAAAAGCGUUUUACUUUGUGGCCUACUGCUCGGGGCAGGGGAGCUGAGCCAGGAUGUGCAAUAGAAGCAGGGGCUGUGCCUUCUGCCAGAUCUGCCGGGAGCUACCUGGGCCACCCGUGCACCUGUCCUGCUUCCUGCAGUCCCCGCUCCCUGCCUCCUCUGAGGGACUGGGCAGGGCGGGGUAGGGGGAUAGACAGGAAAGGGUCUGAAUGCUCUGGCAACGGUGAGAAGAAACGAUAGCCACAAUGCCACUCCGCUGCCCAGCCGCCAGGAUUUCUGCCUGGAGCCCUUUGCCCUGUCCCUGCUGCCUGAGGUGGCGUAGAGCAGAGGAGAAGAAUUUGCUCCAGGCCAGGAGCACAAAUCAUUGUUCAAUGAAUUUCUCUCCAACUCGACCUUGGUAAACGGAAAUGUUGGGGGUGAAGAGAAACAAUCACUAUUUUUUUUCUUUUUUAUCUGGUAAAUAAUUAAAAGAAAAACCGGAACACUU